AUGGACGGCAUUGUUUAUGCAGCAGACGACGACGACACGAUUCUGAUCCCCGCGCAGCUUUUCGUGACGGAGGCGAUCCACGGCUCGGGUCAUCUACCGUACAUCACAAUGAAAGCACAAUGGGAUAAUGUGGGUCUUAGAACUUUCAUUGAUAUUUGUGUGGAAGAAGUGAAUGCCAAUAACCGUGGCAAAGAAGGAACAUUGUCACCACUUGGAUAUGAAAAUGUGGUCAGAAAGUUUUUUGAGCGCACGAGGAGAGAAUAUACCAAAAAGCAAUUCAAGAAGAAGUGGGAUGUGCUGAAAAAAGAGUAUGCUAUUUGGAAGACAUUAACCCAAAAGGCAUCAGGCAUUGGGUUUGAUCCUGUUACCAAGACCAUUGCGGCUAGUGAUGAAUGGUGGGCAAAUGAGAUACAGAGAAAUGAACUUGCCGCCAAGUUUCGAUUUGCUCCACUAGAGGAUGAGAUCAAACUGAGUGCUAUAUUUGAUGAUAUUAGUGUGACAAAUGAGUACGCGAGGGCGGCACCUCCCUCGUCUCAAGUUGAUGCAUCUCAAAUUCACAUUGAUGAUGAUGAUGUGGCUGGUUCAGGAUGUGAAAUAGAUGCUACUUUUGUGACACCUAACAAAGCUAAAGGUCGAAAGAAGAGAUCAUGUCCUUAUUCACCUAGUCCUGCGAUGGUGCAAAAGAUUGCAAAAGAUAGUGAUGAUAGAAUGCAAUUUAAGCGUAUUGCUGACCUUUGGGAAAAGAGGGAGACUAGCCGCAAUUCGGCGACAUCUGAAAUGAAGGAGGAUCCUGUGAGAGAUGAGAUUAAGGAGAUGAAGGACAUGGUGGUGAAUGAUGGAGGUAAACCUGGAAGUGAAGUGUAUUUUCAUGCUCUAGAACUCUUUACGAAGAAGGAACAUCGUGAUGUCUUGAGUGCACUAAAGGAGGAAGAUUCAACUGUGAGGCUUGAAUGGAUCAACAGGGCAUGGGAAACAUUUAUGAAAAAAAUUUAG